CCGUUCAAUUCAAUUCAAUUCCAUCCUAUAUAUGCAUUAUUCUAUUUAAAUACACACAUACACACAAAUACAAUUCAGAAUCGAUCAAAAUAAAAAAAAAAUAAUCUAUCCAUUAAAUGCCUAAAAAAAACAAAUAGCAAGAAUUAAUUAACUAAGAACAAUUCCUUUUUUUUAAUAAAAAUUUCAAGUCAUGGCAGAAUCUACCAAGCCUCACUUUUACUUGCCCAAGAUCUUCGACAAUGAAGGUGGCUGGGGUCCUGCCACUAAUGUCAUUCCCAACCAAUUCCGUGACAUCCCCUAUGCUCCCUACAGCAAGGGCGACAAGCUCGGUCGUGUUGCUGACUGGACUAACCCCGAUGGCCAGAAGCAAGACAACAGAGAAGUGACAGGACGCCAGGGCAGAACCGGUUUCAACCGUUUCAACAGAGAUCAACACCAGGCCUACGGUGCUUCUUUCGCUUCUGCAUUCGCUUUCACCCACAACGAGGACGAAUCUUCUUUCUCCGUCGUCGACAACCGCUCGGCAAUUGCCAAGAAGAUGGCUAUCAAGGCAUCCGGUGGUGCUCGCAGCCGCCCCCAGAACAACAAGGCCAACAACCAGGGAGGAGGUUACCGCACCGUCAACCAGCGCCCCCAGAACAACCGCCAGCAGCACCAGCAGCAGCAGCAGGGAGGUGGUCGCAGAAGAUACGGCUACAAGGAUUACGACAAGCCCCAGCGUGUUCGCAACGCCUCGAUCAACAUUGGUGCCGACUGGAAGGUCCUGGACGAGAUCGAGUUCAACCGUAUGGGCAAGUUGUCUUUCGGUAUUCCCGAGGCUGUCGACAUUGCAUCCUAUGGUGCUGUCAACUACUACAACAAGGCCUACGACCGUGUUAACACAAAGAACGAAAAGAUGUUGCAGAACAUCGAGCGCGUCAAGUACGAUACCACCACAUCCGAAGAUCCUAUCAUUCAGCAGUUCAUCAAAGACGACAAGGCUACCGUGUUUGCUUCUGAUACCGUUCUUUCUCUGCUCAUGUGCGCCACCCGCACUGUUUACCCUUGGGAUAUUGUUGUAAAGAAGGUCGGAAACAAGGUCAUUCUCGACAAGCGUCCUGGAGGCGUGUUCGAUUUCGUGACCGUGAACGAGAACACCUUUGAUCCCCCUGCAGAAAACGAAAAGGAGACCAUCAACUCCUGGUCUUCGCUCUGCACCGAAGCCACUUACAUCAACAACAACUUUGCUCGCCAGGUUGUUGACCAGGCCAAGCUUUCGUUCGAGAACCCCAACCCAUUCGCCUCUGAAGAGACCAAGAACCAGCUUGCUUCCUGCGGUUACCGUUACAGAGAGUUUGAUCUUACUUCCAAGGCUGAUGCUGCUGCUGCCGAGGGUAGUGAGGAGGAGGCUAACAAGGUCUCCAUGAUCGUCCGUACCGAGGUUGAUGCUGCCAUCAAGAACGGCAACCAGACCACUCUCAUGACCGUCCGUGCUCUGAACGAGUUCGAUCCUGCUGCCCAGGGCGCCGGUGGUGCUCUGUCGUGGAAGAAGAGCUUGGACUCUGCUCGUGGUGCUGUUGUAGCCACCGAGAUGAAGAACAAUGCUGCCAAGCUUGCCAGAUGGGCUGUCCAGGCCAUGUUGGCCGGUUCCGACCAGCUCAAGUUGGGUUAUGUUGCCCGUAUGAACCCCAAGGACAACACCCGCCACGUUGUGUUGGGUACCCAGGCUUACAAGCCCAAGGACUUUGCCAGCCAGAUGAACCUUUCUCUCAACAACGGUUGGGGUAUCGUCAAGGCUGUUGUUGACAUGUGUCUUCAGUUGCCCGAGGGUGUCUAUGUGUUGAUGAAGGAUCCUAACCGCCCCAUGCUCCGUAUCUAUGCUGUUCCCGGCGAGGAGGAUCUUGAUGCCUAUGAGGAGGACGAUGAAGAGGAGGAGGAAGAGGAAGAAGAGGAUGAGGAGUCCCAGAAAUAAAAUUAAGAAUACAAAAAAAAGCUAAAAUUCACUUGUCAUUUUUGUUCUAUCAAAUAAAAUAAAGUUGUAUGUGUAUCUAU